UACAGUCCGUGCUAAAACGUAGUCCACAAAGUUUACCAAAGCACGGGUGCGCGCCUCUCCGCUCCAGACCGGCCGUGACGUGACCACCGUGACCACAGCAACAAGAGCACGAAAAGAACAAGGUGUGAUUGGAAAGUUUGUCGGCUUGCCCUGCGACAACUUUUCUUGCCAAUGCAUACAGGCACGGGUUUCCUCUCUCAUUUUGAGCGCUGAAACACGUAAACCCACAGCGUAAACCGCGUAAACCACACUAGGCUAACCGCCCAAUUCACAGGGUUUUGUUUUUCUUUAUUUUUUAUUGUUAUAUAUAGAAUAUAGUUUAAGUAUUUUUAAAGUUUUUAAUAUUUUGUCCGUAUGUUUUCUGCUUUUGAGACGGUGCGCGACGUGCUCGAGGAGCCCGAGGAGCAGUGAGGAGUGAAAAGGGCGUGGUAUGACGUAAUUCCGGGUCGCUGACGAAGUUCCGGUGGUCCCGGUGCUCAAAGAUGGCUCAAAGAGAAAAACAAACGAUGGCGGAAGAGGUUGCGUCGCCUGAGACGUCGGUUUGCGGUUUCCUCGCUUUUAUUAAUGAAGAGUGCUCAAGAGGUGUCUUGCCUGGAAGCCAGUUACCCAUCAUGCUCAUCAUGCCCACUGAGCACUUCGACGGACAAGCUAUCCAAGGGAACACCACGUGCCCAGUGAUCGCCAGAGAGGACAAAUUCGGGUGCUGCUUCUGCAGCUUCACCACAAGCGACCGACGUAAACUGGUCGAACACCUGACGGAACUUGCAUGCAGACUGUUUGAGGGGUUUGAGUGCCAUCCCUGCUCCAAGACCUUUCCCGACAGGUGGGCCUUCACGCGCCACCAGAGGAUGCACACAGAAGGAGGUCCUCUCAAGUGUCCGCUUUGUCCCAUAGAGUUUCGCUCCAGCCGUGACCUGACAAUCCACAUGGCAACGCAUACUGGUGAAAAACCCCACAAGUGCAUGGUUUGUCUGAAGGUGUUUGCUCGAAACUCAGACCUUGCAGACCACCUGCAGAGGCAUGCAGAGGUAAAGCCUUACGAGUGCCUGCACUGUCCAAAGGCCUUCAAGAACAAUUCUGGUCUGCGCCAGCACCAACGAACUCACACGAAGGAAAGGCCUUACAAGUGUGACCAGUGCCCAGUGUCAACAGCCACGCAGUACCAUCUCAGUGUUCACAUCCGUACCCACACUGGUGAGAAACCCUACAAGUGCACAAUUUGUCCAAAGGCAUUCGCUCGGAAUGCAGACCUUGCGAUCCACCAGCAGGGGCACACAGAUGCAAAGCCUUACGAGUGCAUGCACUGCCCAAAGGCCUUCAAGAACCACUAUAGCCUGCGGCAGCACCUACGAACUCACACGGGAGAAAGGCCUUACAAGUGCGAUCAGUGCCCUGUGUCAACAACCACGCUGUACCAUCUCAUUGUUCACAUGCGUACCCACACUGGUGAAAAACCACACAAGUGCACGGUCUGUUCGAAAGCAUUCGCCAAAAAGUCGGGCCUCAACAUCCACUUGCGGAUACACUCGGAUGAAAAACCAUACAAGUGCCUGCACUGCCCCAAGGCCUUCAAGGACCACUGUACCCUGCGUGACCACCUACGUAUUCACACGGGAGAAAGGCCUUACAGGUGUGACCAGUGCCCUAGCUCGUUUGCUGCACGAAGCUCGCUGGUAACCCACAUCCGUACGCACACCGGCGAAAAACCCUACAAGUGCACAAUCUGUCCAAAGGCAUUCACUCAAAACUCGGGGCUCAAGUCCCACUUGCGGUUUGCACACAAGAUUAAAAGCCUUUCAAGUGCUGCACUGUUCCAGGGCCUUCAGGCACCACAGUAGCCUGCACAAACACCUACAAACUCACACGAGAUAAAAAUCAAACAUGUAAGUAAAAUAGUGUUCCAAGGCUUGCAAUUUGAGGAAUCCUCUUGCAAGACGUGAUUAGACGUGCGUGGGACGCCAUGCUGCUUCCAGCGGUUUCAGUUGGACGGAGCAUCCAGUUCAGAAGGACUGAAGGUGUGCAUCCUUUUAAAUCCAAUUGUUCUUUAGCACCGUUUAUACUGGGGCAGUGAAACGAUACCCGGGCACUUUUUGUUAAAUUAGUUAUAUUACGCUGGAGGAUGGUGAUGUAGCUCCCUUUUGUGUCCAAAGACAAUGGCAAAGCAGAGGGGACAUAUAAACAAAAAGGACGAUGCAAUACCUACGCCGUGGCGUUCCUUCAUUGCUCAUUUGGCGACGAGGGUAAAGCGGAUGGCCCAGCUUCUACAUAAACAUUCUAAAUUCUGGGAAGGAAAUAAUUUAUAAAUUUGGCUAUUUUUUGGUUAUAGAAUGGUUAUUAAUAUUUACACCAUAUAAAAGCAAAGAUAUACAUGGUAUUCCAAGGUAAACAUAAGCAAGUAAUGGUGGAACUUUCUGUGGCCGAGAUAACUUCCGGCUGACAAGCUUCUUUGUAUGUUUCAAUGAACACGAAUGAACAGCA